AUUCUUUAGCCCAUCUAUAUCGAGCGCAUUUAAAAUUAAAAACUUUUUACGAGAAAUUGCUUAAAUACACUUCAAACCUUCAUUUGAACAGCAGCAAUUCUCAAACAAAGGAGAUAAAUUUAUCAAUAUGGAAAGUGAAGACGAUUCACGUUCAUCUUCAAACAGUUCUGGCUCAUCAAACUCAAGUUCAAAUGGACCAACAAGUCCACCACAAGAACAAGAAAAUGAGUCGAACGAUCAGCACGAAACAGCCAACAAUGAACAUCAAUCGCGUUCAUCAUCGCCAGAUUCAAAUUCUUUUCAAGAGAAACAAGAAAUCACGAAUCAAUCAAUGUCUCCGAUUCGUGAGCAAAACGUUUCAAAUGAGAAUCAUUUAAAAGACGAUGAAGAAGAAGAAGAAUUAGAAUUAUCGGAUAUCGAGGAUGAUUCGAGCAAACCGAAAAAAGCUGAUAUUAGUCAUGAGGAUUUGAGUGAUAUCAGCGAUUUGGAAAGCAAUUCUCCACCACCAAACUUCACUGACCUCCGUCAAAAGUUAGACAAGCAACGACUUAAUGGAUCGGGCAAUAAGGAAGGACAAGAAAAAACUAAUGAUGAAGACGAAUUAGAUUUCGAAGCUGAUGAGGUGCGCGAAGUAUCAGAAAACAACAAAAAAUUGACGGAAGUUGAAGAAGCAGUUGAGAAGCCGCCAAAAGAAGAAGGUGAAACCAAGUCUGAUGAUGAAAUUGAAAGUGGAGAAGAAUUGGAAGACGGAGAAGUUACUGAUGGCGAUGAUAAAAGACCAGAAGAAUCUGAACCGAAAGCAGUUUGUCGAUUCUUUACACGUGGCCAAUGCACUUGGGGCAUGAGUUGUCGCUUUCUUCAUCCUGGGACGACUGAUAAAGGAAACUACACAAUGUUUGACAUGGUUCGUCCAAUUCCCGUUCCUCAAGCUGUUCCACGAAUCAUACCAAUUGCUUAUGAUUAUCGACAUGACCGUCCACCAAUCCAUCAUAUCCCACCUCAUGCCCCUUUUGAUCAUCCACGAAUUCCACCUGUUGCUGACUCUGAAUCAGCUUGGGAUCGUGGCGUAAGAACAGCUAAAGAAAUGAUUCGUAAAGCCAAGAAACGAAAGGAACAAGACAUUGAUUUUGAUGAAAAGAAAAUGAAUUUAUCUGGGCCGGUUGAUGAAAUCGAAAAGGAUCCUUAUUAUGUUCGUGGUUCACCUGAGCCUGUUCCAAUACUUUCGGUUAAAGCUACGCCACCAUUUGAGCGAGCACCAAUACGUGAACGACCACGAUAUGAUUACAGCCCACCCUCAAAAUAUGCACGUGGAGGAGCAGGACAUUUCGAAGAAGAUGCAUUUGGGCGUGUUCCACGAUAUCGCGAACUGCCAGCACAUCGAAUGCCGCAUUAUGAAGAUGAUGAUUUGAAUAAACGACGAAUGGUUCGUUCAACGAGAGAAGUAAUUGUUGAAAAGGCUGAUGAAUGGAGUGAUCCGUGGGCAAGGAAAACUACACGACGUGGAAGUUCAGGACGCGAUAGAGCUCGAGGAAAGGAGCGUAGUUAUAGUAGCAAUUCAAGUUAUAGCACAUCCAGUGGAACAAGUCGAUCGCGUUCAUCAUCUGAAUCAUCAGGUUCGCCUUCAGCUCCACGUCGUGGACGGUUUGAAAGUCAAAGAUCAAAGGAUCGCAUUAUAGCAACACAAAGAAAGCAAAUAAUUCGGGCAAAAAGUCGAAGUUCAUCAGUGAAACGACGACAUUCCCCUCCAGUUCGACCAAGAACAAUUGAGAAGAAAUUGGCAUCGCCCAUUCCAUCAUUGAAACGUAAAAAGCCAAUUUCUCCUCCACUUAUUCGUCAAGAACGAAUUCGAACUUCGCAUAGUAAGAAGAAGCGUGAUAGCUCAUCAGGAUCUGGUUCGUCAAGUGGAAGUGAAUCUGACACGUCAUACUCUUCAAGUACUAGCGAUUCAAAAGGGAAGAAGAAGCGCGAGAAAAUUGUGGUGGAACGUAAACAACCAACGUCAAAAGUUGAAAUCAAUAAAAAGCGAGUAACGCCAGUUAAAGACGAUAAAAAGGAUAAAUUAUCAUCAGAGAAAGCUGCUGCAGCUGCAAAGAUUAAAUCGACACGUCGUGAAGAACUUUUGAAACAAUUAAAAGCUGUUGAAGAUGCGAUUGCUCGUAAGAAAUCGAAAAUUAACUGAGAAACUUAUCACCGAUCAAUUGAAAAAUUAUAAAUAUUAUUUUAGUUUAAUGUAUAAGCAUCUUCGUUAUGCAAUUUAAGAACAUUAUUAUUAAUAAACAUUGAAGUAAUAAAAUUUAAA